AGGCAUUAUGGAUAUCCACAUGCGCAACGUCUCUGGUUUCUUCUCAGCUUCGGAUGUUGAUAUCAAAAUCGGGCUAGCGAAGAUUCUGCAUAAACACCCUUAUCCCACAACUCGGUUUCUAAACUUCAAUGUGGACUUAUGGCAAGGCAAGCUGCGCGGCCAAGGCAUCCUAACUAUACCCAAUGCAAAAUAUGGAGAACGUUUUCUUGAAGGUUACGCGUCAAAGGGACUCGUGGUGAAAGGAGGUCGCAUCAAGUUUAGCCGAGGCCAUAGGCCGCCCAGCGAAGCCAAAGUAAAUAUGCUCAAAGAUACCUCAUGGCAGGAUCCUCUUGAGACACGACGAGAGAGGGAUAGGAUUGCGCGGGACUCGUCGGAGCUCAAAGUACAGGCUUUUUCUUUCGGGAAAUUCUGUCGAGAUGGAUCCUUCUCAGAGGAAGUCGUCCCAGGUGGUGCGGCGGUCAUUGCCUGUGAUCGUAGCCGCAAAGAGCUACGACUAUCCAUCGCGACUGGUGCACACGAGCAUGAUGACGAUUUGGGUCUCUCGGAUUUUACAGCGUCGCUCUUUGGAGACCAGAAACUUCUCGUAUCUUAUAAGCUUUCCGGUGUUGAGUCUCUUGUCAUCGACUCCGACGCAUCCAAUUACUGUGUUUUUAUACGAGCGCGCGCUCCUCCCUCCAUUUCUCGACACAGAUCUGCCGGUCUCUUCGGCUCUACACCCCAAUCGCAGCGCCUUUCUAGCCUCAUCCAUGGAGCUGAUAUGCCCCCCGGUUGCCAUAGUCUGCGUGUCACAUUCUCCAAUCAAUCCGACUUUACCGCUUUCACGUUGCGCUGUAAACGUCUCACUGUUCGUCAAGACUAUAAAUCAUCCAUCACCAUUCAUGAAAAUACCUGGUCAGCAGCCGCACAGAACGAUCUGGAUCGAUUCCUUGCACCCAUCUGGUUUCCUCUUGCUUGGGAAGUUGCGAAAGCGGUUUCCUCAUCUGUUCUCUCCACACGCGAGGUCAUGUCUAUACAACAAGAUAUUACCGCGCUUGAGAGAGAGGACAGGGAAAACGCUUCUCGCAUCUUCCAACGAUUCACCUUUUUCAUCGAAGAAUUUGCUGAACGAAGGACCACAAAUCGCCUGGUGCGCCUGCGGAGGCGGCAGCGGAAAGACAUACAAAUAUCCACAUCUGAUCCUUCAUCCCUCUCUCGCGCUUUGCGCAGCGCUCGCAAGACUGUACAGAUGGAACUGGCGACGCCUUUUGGGCCCUUGUCGGCUCUUCCUCCGGUCAACAGUUAUGACGCCUAUCAUUUAAUCUUUACUCCCACAACACAAAUCUUGGAAGGGCCACUGCCUGACCAGUCGAACAGUGUUCUCCGGCGUUUUGGGCAUCACGAGUGCUUUCUGCGAGUUUCUUUUCAGGACGAGAACUGUGCCCCACUCCGACGAGAUUUCGAAUGGUCAAUCAGCGAGCUUAUGAAGUCCCGCUUCCGCCCCAAAUUCUUGAAGGGCCACCGUGUUGCAGGAAGGAAAUUCGAAUUCUUGGGAUACUCGAUGAGCGGACUUAGGGAGCACUCUGUAUGGUUUGUGGCGCCUUUCCAGAACGACCGUGGUGAAUGGCUGAAUGCCGCUGCUAUCCGUAAUUUGUUGGGAGAUUUCAGCGAACUUCUUAAGCGACCUGCUCGUCUAGGCGCCAGGUGGUCUCAAGCCUUUUCGACAACGGAUCCCUCUGUAGUCCUUCGGCAAGAGGAGAUUUUCAGGGUUGACGACAUCAUCUCGCCGCGGUCUAAGAAAGUCAUGACCGACGGUUGUAGCUCAAUCUCACCUGACCUUGCUCGUAACAUAUGGGAGAAACUAAGGACGGAUCGAAGACAGCUGUCUUCGCUCAAAAAUCCUCCAUCUGCUUUCCAAUUUCGCCUUGGGGGUGCCAAAGGGGUGGUUGUCCAAAAUCCAGACCUCGAAGGCAAGGUUGUUUGCCUUCGUCCUUCCCAGCUAAAGUUUGAGGGGUCUGAAUUGACGUUUGACGUUCAAUCGCACUCGCGUUCUCGCCCCAUGUACCUGAAUAGGCCUCUCAUUGCUUUACUAGAACAUGUGGCGGCUAGCGGGUUAGUGACACGCGUCCUCAAACUCCAGCAUGACGAUAUCAUGGAGGCGCAAGGUGUCCGCUCGUCGUUCAAAGAUGCGUCUAAGAUGCUCGAGGUGCACGGUCUCGGGGCGCCUUUCCGCCUCGGCUCGCUCUUCCACAAUCUGUCCAGCGAACUCAAUCUUCACGUCUGGACAUCGGAGACUCCGCGAGGACUUCGAAACGAGAUCAUCAUCGAUGCUAUGCGCUGCAUCUCGACACAUGCGCUCAGGGAGCUCAAGUAUCGCGCGCAUAUACGAGUCCCUGGAUCUUAUACUCUCAUGGGCGUCUCGGACGAGUGGGACUGUUUGAAUCCCGGGGAAAUCUUCGCCACGGUGAGGGACUAUAGAACGGGGGUUUACCACGCCAUCGAAGGGCCAGUGGCUGUGACCAGGAGCCCUCAGAUCCAUCCCGGCGAUAUUCAAGUAGUGAAGGCGGUUCGGCGACCUGAACUUGAACAUCUGACGAACGUCAUCGUAUUCUCUACUCGAGGUGAUCGACCUCUUCCCAAUUACUUGGGUGGUGGAGACCUCGAUGGCGACGACUUCAAUCUCAUUCUAGAUGAGAACUUGUUUCCGACAUAUAAUCGGAUACCGGGCUCGUAUGUUAGCCUUCCGAUCAAGGAAACGCCUCACAUCUGUGGUGUUGAAGAUGUAGUUGACUUCAUAUUUGACUACUUCGAAUCCGAUCUCGUGGGGCUUAUAUCCAUUGCGCACUUGCGAUUCGCGGACUUGGGGGAUCCAGAUAGCCAAGAGUGUAUGACCCUCGCUGAACUCGCAUCACAAGCAGUGGAUUUCCCUAAGACUGGGACACCAGUUCAGUUCGAAGAUCUACCUCGUUUCCCGGAUACCAUCAAGCCAGACUUCUUGGCCAAGGAAGGCGAAGACCCGCACCAGAACUCGCGCUUCUACAAGAGUCCUAAAUUGCUUGGCAGGCUCUUUCGUCGGAUUCCACUUGAUGACUGGAUGCCAGAGGCGGGUAAAAGCCGCUCACCUUUUGAUAUCACCAGUAUACUCACCGCGUUCGACCGCAUCCCACUCGAGGAUUAUGGUUUGCCACCCCUUGGCAGACCUCGUGAAGAUACGUUGCAGGAGAUGCAGUGGCUAUUGGAGGCGUACUGUGACGAGCUUCAGAUCAUAGCCCAAGCGCACACUGUUUCGAGGAAUCAGGAAGAUUUUAUAUCAGAAGCUGAAUUAGUGAGCGGCACAAUAUUGGCGAAUUGGUCGGACCAUCGCAAGCGAAGGGAAGCGGUCAAUGCGAUGAAUUUGCAGACCCAAAACUUGACCAGCCGAUUGCGAUUGGCCCUUCGGCCACGUCGGGACGAGACGGAUACUGAGGAUGGAGAAUCCAGUACAUACUACUGGUCUUCUUGCGAGAUUGAGGAAGAGGAUUCUAGCUUCAUGGCGGCAGAGGCGUUCAUUCGUGCGUGGGCCGCUGUGUGGGUUGCUGAGGUGUCCUUACAGGAAACGUCCGGUAAAGCCUUUGGAUCACAGAGCUUCGGCUUGAUAGCAUUGGGCAGGAUGCUCGACAUUGCGAAAAGGGAGCGACAGAAUCUGUAGAUACUUUGGUUUGCAAGUGAUAUAUCAGGAAACGAUUACGUCUCCCAUAAUCUAGUACCAUGAGACGAGAAUCUACCACGAGACGGUUCUGCAUGUAGUAGCAAUCAUGGCCAUUUUGACCAGUCCGAGAAUGGCUGACUUGGAAGGG